AGCCCUUCCUGGAAUAAAGGGGUCCUCAGGAUAGUUUAUGCUAACAAAGCAAGCUCCAAAAUGUCGGGAGAGGUGUAUCUCCUGUGGCUUCUCUCGCUUUUACAAACGCUGUCUGCGUAUGGUGCCGAUCUGACGUCUGAGGCAUGCAGGGAUCUGGGCUUCUCCAGCAACCUGCUGUGCAGCUCCUGUGACCUUCUCGGGGAGUUCAGCCUCAACAAGCUGCAGCCCGACUGCCAGCAGUGCUGCCAGCAGGAGGCCCAGAUGGAAGCGCGCAAGCUCUACGCUGGGGCCAUCCUCGAGGUGUGUGGAUGAAAAUUGGGGAGGUUCCCCCAAGUCCAAGCUUUUGUCAGGAGUGACAAGCCGAAGAUGUUCAAGGGUCUUCAGAUCAAGUACGUGAGAGGCUCUGAUCCUGUACUAAAGCUUUUGGACGAUAACGGGAACAUCGCUGAAGAACUCAGCAUCCUCAAGUGGAACACAGACAGCGUGGAGGAGUUCCUGAGUGAGAAAUUAGACCGGAUAUAGACACGUGUAUGUUUUCUGUUUUUAGUCUUUAGUUAAAGGGUCGUUUCACCCAAAUUUAUACCUCUAGUUGUAUGUAGCCAUGCAGAUAUUUUCUGUUUUUAUGUUCCUGAGAUGUCUGCGUCCACCUUCAGGUAAAUGGAGUUCUGUUUAUGGCGCUCGCAGCACUGACGAAUCACAUUUAAACCAACUUGUCCUUCUAGAACCUGUGUUCCUGUUGAUAAACCACCUUCAAUGGUUUUAUAUGAAAUGGUUCCAAUGAAAUAGAGUCCUACAAACUAGAAUACUGUGAGCGCCGUUGUGUUUAGGUUGUGGUUGAAAUCUCAAGAGACGCAUCCUUAAAACAUUAACAAAUAAACUAUCUGCAUGGAUAGACUACUAGGGGCUACCGACAAAAAAAAUCAUUUUUUUUAUAAUUUGGGUGAACCGAACUUUUGUUAUUUACCAAUUUGUACACAACUCAGCCUUGAAAGAUGGUUGUUAAAUCACUAUAUGACUGUUUUUGUAUGUGAAAAAUCCUCAAUUUCUUGUCUGGAUUUUACCAAAUAACUUAUGCGAGGGUGUGAAAGACGUCAUCGCAGAGCCCCGAUGGACAGCACACUCGAAAUAAUGAAUAACAUUACCGAGUAAUCAUGGCUCAAAGUGCGUCUAUUAGGUUUGAAAAACAAUAGCGCACAUCAUGAACUGUUUCGAGUUUACUUUCCUCUUCUGUCAGUCUGAUAUUCAUGUAUGAUUUUCUUUUUUUUUUUUAUAACGCUCAAAAUUGUGACUGAUGAUUUGUGUUUAAAAAUGAAUCCUAGUUGCUCUUCUAAUGCAGGUGUCUUUGCUGAAGCACACGUUAGUGACGACCUCACAGUAAACCAGUGUUGGGAUGUGAGGUCUGAUGUGAAUUUGUGUUUUUUCGGCAUCUUCUGCUUUGAAGAGAAACUGGAUUUGUUACGAAUGCUUGUUUUGUUUUUUUGAGCAAGUGAGUUGACAGUAUAAAUAUGCAACGAUAAACAAAGCCUCUGAUGUUUUUUCUGUCAUUAGCUAUUUUGUCUUUGUUACUCGAGUGCAGAUAGUCUCGCCUCAUUUAAAACCACAGACAUGGAUUUGCUGACAUCUUGUGGUCUAAAGCAUCACAGCUCGGUGCUGGGACAGGUGGACUAAACAGUUACAGCACUUAGUCAGAGGGUUGGUCAAACUUGCCUGAAAUUGCAAAAUGUAUUGCAAAAACAGGCACUAAAAUAUAUCUCCAGAACAUAUACAUAACAUCUCCUGCGUCUCCUGUUACUUCUUCAUGCAGCUACCAGUCUGUAGAGAGAGCACAGGGCCGUGCAGCUGCUGAGCUUACUUUGCACAGCUUCUUUCCAAGGACGAGUGCUGUUCGGCAGUUUAAUGUAGCAGAUCAUAUCUGUAACGGAUACAGUAGCUGUACUUAAAACAAUGCGCAUACAUGUAUGAAUACAUCUUCCUUGAAGUGCCGUUACUUAUCUUCAGUCCGACAUUAAUAAAACAUGAACAUGUUUCACAUGUCAAUAAA